GUCCAUUCCCUCCCUCCAUCCUUCAAUGCCUUUUCUUUACGUUUUGCCGGUCUGCUGAAGCGUUGUAAAGAAGCAAGGAAAAAGGCCGCUGCCUCAGAAGAAGAAGCGGAGAGACAUUUAGGACCGCUGAGCAUCACAGCGUGGAGUGGGAGAAGGAGCCAUGUCACUGGACAAGGGUCGCAUCUCUAUCGUCAGCUCCACUAAGGUGGACGGCGACAAGCUGAGCAGCGUCGGCGACACCGCCGACUCCCUCAUCCCGGAGAGCCGGCGGCAGCAAAUGCGCAGCGAGAAGUGUUGCCCCCUCUGCUGCGUCAUGUACGGCUCCAUCAUCUCCACCUUCGCCGUGUUUUUCAUCGCCAGCUCUGCCACGGCCGUCUCCAUCUUCGCCGAGUCCCGCGUCAACUACACCAUUAACGGUGUCAUGCGACAAAUCGGCUGGAUCGCCUUUCCCGGAACGCUUGUGGGGGCCAGCUUGCACUACUUUUUGGCGGAGGCCAUGUGGAGCGGAAAGCACAACUCGUGGGGUCAAGCGUGGACAAAGGCGACCAUCGUGAACGCCGGUCUGUGGUCCGCAGUCGUUGGCCUCGGUACCCUCGGGUGGCGGAAGGGGCUGCCCCAGACAGCAGCGGGCCGCCGCCUCUACCACCGCUAUCCAAUUCCAUCGGAACCGCUCGAAACCCGGCUGCUGCGCUCCAGUCACGAGUUUUUUACCGGGAUGGGUGCAACCUACUGGCUGAGUGGGGUGGCGAGUGGCCACCUUGGCUUCGUGACAUGCGUUACGUUUUGUGUGGCGACGGAUCGGCCGUAUAUGAUGAUGGCCCCGCACGGUGGCUACGCGCGUCGCUGCAUGCCGCCGUGGCGUCGGCAACAGCUGGAGCAGAUAGCGUUGGGCGCCAGCGCGUCUGCGGCAAAGGAGGCAGCGCUGCAGCAGCCGGCGAAGCAGAAAGUUAUCAGGUAG